AUGCCGUCAUUCUCAAGGCUGUUCAAUGGCAUAGUGCAUGCAGUUUCGACGGAAGAUUCCGGCGGGAAAAGGCGGUAUGGGGGCCGGUCGAGUGCCAGCAUAGACACUGAGAGUGAAACAGAUGAGUACCACACGGUGAAAUGCAACCGGCUGAACCCGAAUUCCAAUAUCAGGAUAAGCCUGUGCGUGGAGUCGCCGCCCAUAAUGCUGUACGGCAAGCCGGCGGAAAGCUCCGGGGCACUGUUCAACGGUGCACUAGUUCUGGAUGUGUUUGCGAGAAACUCAAAAGACAUCCGGGAGCUGCUAGAAAGCCGGUCCGGGACGGCUGCAAACAGCAUGCCCGUGUCGCCCGUGAUGCCGCCGGCAACGCCCGAUGGGCUCGGGCCCACUGCGUCGGUCAGUCAGCUCUCCAGGCAGCAACUUCGCCGGGGUUACGUCGAGUUGAGGCAGGUGAAGCUGUAUUUUUUGCAGGUGGUGCGAUACUCGAAGCCGUUCCUCCCGCACUCGAGCUCGCUGCAGCACUGCGGUGCGUGCCGCCGGAAAGUGACAGAGCUGGCCUCGUGGGACGUUCUCAGCCGGCGGACCGCUUUUGCAAAGGGCACGUCGCACAGUUUCCCGUUUGGAUACUUGAUUCCGGGAAAAGUGCCACCCACGACCGUCCUAUCGACGCACGGCACAUCGAUCACCUACGAGUUGGUGUGCAAGGCUGUGUUCGUCAACCGCCGCGGUGCCGAGGACCUUAUCAACCUGUCGCUGCCCGUCAUGAUAAGAAGAAGCAUUUUCCGCGGUCACGACCACAAUUCGCUCCGAAUCUUCCCUCCGACCGACGUCACUGCCACCGCCGCCAUCCCCAACAUUUCCUACCCGCGGUCGACGUUUCCCGUCGAAAUUCGCAUGGAUAAUAUCGCCACAAAGGACCGUCGGUGGCGGAUGAGAAAGCUCAGCUGGAAAAUCGAGGAGAGUGUGCGGGUAAGGGCCCACCACUGCGUGCAGCACGAGAAGAAGUUCCGCACUGCUUUGGAGGUGGCCAGGAAGAAGGUCAGGGGGCGGAAGUUUAACCGGAACAGCAACGGUGCCAAUGGUCCUGCGUACAAUUACUUUAUAGGGAAUUUCGACGAUGCUGAUUCCGGGAGGAGUAACUCUUCCGAGUCUACAGGGAGUAGUGUUGGUAAUAGUAGUAAUGCUGCUACUAGUAAUACUGCUACUAAUGUUGCUAAUGCUGGUAGUAGUGUUGCUACCGUUGCUAAUGCUGGUAGUAGUAGUAAUGCUGCUACUAGUAAUACUGCUACUAAUGUUGCUAAUGCUGGUAGUAGUGUUGCUACCGUUGCUAAUGCUGGUAGUAGUAGUAAUGCUGCUACUAAUACUAAUGCUACCACCAACACUCCUAUUGCUACCUCUAUUGUCUCACCCUCACGCCCACAAGAUCCUCCUAAUGCCACCCAACCCAGCAACUCGCACAACCAGCGGCUCGUGCACAACGCAUCAUCCGGCGUCGCAUCGAUCGUCUCGCCGGACUCCUCUGCGACACCGACUUUGUCGCCCUUUGCGUCCAAUUGGUCGAUCGACGCGUCGCCAGCUCAGGUCUCCGCCGGUAUUGACGAGGCUGUGCAGGCCUCGCGGCAGGACGAACUCUACACGGAGGAAAUAAGACUGCUCAGCUCGGGCGAAAUGAAGUCCGGCUGGAAGUCAGACUUCUCCAAUAAGGGCCGGAUCGAGUUGGUGGUCGAUGUCUCUACUAUGGAGCUGAUGUCGAUGGGUUUUAAUUCUGCAAACACGAAUAUCACCACGAUCACGUCUGAGAACUGCAACUCGCCUCUUUUUGAUCCGGCCACGUACCUAGAGGCCGACAGCAACUGCUCCUGCGAUAUCUCCGACCCUGAACUCGGCAUCUACGUCAAUCAUAACCUCAUAGUCGAGGCUGUAGUUGCCGAGGAGCUUGUGCAAAGCUCUACUUCUCUUAAAGGGGGUAGGCUCGGCUCCUCGGCCUCCCAGCCGGCUUCCGAGUCUGUAUCCGGGCCCGAAACUGCCUCCAGACCACUAGAAAUGCACGAUGGAGGCACUGGGCCGGACUCAAUGCGUGGAAACAGGCAGGAUUACGCCAAUCAGACGUCCGGAAUCCCAACAGGCGUUGCCAGGGUCCUCCGCAUGCAAUUCAAGGUUGUACUCACAGAGAGAUCCGGUCUCGGAGUUUCCUGGGACGAUGAGGUGCCUCCUACAUACAAUGCGGUCCAUACUUUGUCUCCUCCGACGUACGAAGAGGCCACUUCCAACAACAAUACACCACUCUUGAGCUCCUUGGUCAUCCCAUUGGAUCACGAGGUUUCGCCGGGCUCAGACGCCGAUUCUGUAAGCAUAAAUGCUCAAGUUUCCAACCCAGAAGUCCCCAGACAUGCCAGGGUCCGGAAUCGCGGCCAGGUCGGCAAAUCUAGUAAUAUCCACCUUCGCACCACUCCAAGCCACCUAGACCUUGGCUCCUGA